GCGCAAAUCUCAUUGGCCCAAAUCCCGGAAGUGUACAAGACCUGAGGAUAAAAUAAUCAACAAGUGAGCUCCAGCUUGGAAAAGGCAACAUGGAAUCUGGUAAUACUACAAAUGAAGCAUCGUCAGAGGCGAAAGAUUUCGGCAAAGCUCUUUGCAUCAUAACAGGUGCGUCUAAAGGCUUCGGAAGAUGUCUUGCUAAAGAAAUAUCAACUCUCCUGAAACCCGGCUCAGUGCUCAUCCUGGUUGCCAGAUCUGGAGAUAAGCUGCGAGAACUGGAGGAGGAUUUGUCUACGCAGAGAAGGGACCUGGUUAUCCAAUGUGUGGUUGCAGAUCUGGGAAACAAGGAUGGAGUAGAAGGUGUUAUAAGAGAAGCAAAAAAGACACCAAGCUCUGAUAUCGACACCCUUUUUCUGUUUAAUAACGCAGCUUCACUUGGUGAUGUUUCACGCUAUGCUCGAAAUUUCACCGACAUGGAAGAAGUUAACGAUUAUCUGUCGAUGAACGUGAGCUCAGCAUUGUGUUUGACUGCCGGGAUCCUGCAGGUGUUUCCAGCUGACAUGCAUUUGCGUCGCUGUGUGGUGAACGUGAGCUCUCUGUGUGCUCUGCAGCCGUUUCCCUCCUGGGUGCUUUACUGCAUGGGUAAAGCAGCACGGGAAAUGAUGUUCCGUGUGCUGGCCAAGGAAGAGUCUGAGCUCAGAGUUCUCAGCUAUGCUCCAGGCCCUCUGGACACAGAUAUGCAAACCCACGCCAGGUCUAACACAGCAGACGACUGUUUUAGGGCGUCUAUCACAGCAAUGCACUCUGAGGGCUGCCUGCUGACCUGCGAAGAGUCUGUGGGCAAGCUGAUAAAGGUCCUGUUGAAGGAUAGCUAUGAAUCCGGAGCACAUCUGGACUUUUACGAUUUGUAAAUUUGUUACUGGAAGAUUUCUCAGAGAUGCAGUAAUACCACAGACAGAUUCAGAAGCUGUUACAGUAUCAGCAUUUAAGUUUACUUUAUUUAUGGAGAUGAUCUUGUUACAGUAGUUAUAUGUAUAUUUUCACUUUGGUUGCCAUUACCUCAAAAUGACAUCCUUCAUCAGUCAUUAACUUUACUUUUAGUAUCAUACGAUCCAAAGUCCAUACAUUAUGUACACUUUUUUUUUUUGACAGAUUUUAAUAGUAAUUUCAGUUUCCUAUAAGACCCUGGUCAUGUAUGACUGAAAAAUAAUUUGAACAGUAUCUUAGCCCAAAACAGCCACAGAGUAAACAAACUUUAGAAGAACUUUUUUUUUUUUUUUACUUCCACUCCAUAGACAAUUAUCUUUUUUUUUAAAAAAUAAUCAAACACAUAAUACUUUAUUAAAUAUGAAUUAUAUUUCUAUCUAUUGUUAUAAAUAUGCUGGGAACCUAGCUUAGUCUCUUAAUGCUAGCAAACCAGGCUUCACAGAAUACAGUAAUUAGCAUGAAUAGUUAGUUAGCUUACUAAUAUAAGCUGACUUGCUCUGUCGACUCUCCUACUGAUUCUAACCACAGAAUAGUUUCUUUCAGAUUUCUUGUCAUGCAGUUAAGUUAUGUUUUUAUCCACAAUAACAUUACAGACAGUAAACACAAACAUGCAUUAUCUUCAUAUAGGCUAACACAGUUAGUUAGCCUAAUGUUAGCUAGCUCACUACAUUCAUACAGUAUAAGAUCUCUCAGUGGCAAAAUUUUCUGCUGGUUUACUUACACAAUAUAAUAAAUCAGUUAUUCAGUUAGAUUCAAAGCACUUUGUGUAAAUAUACACGUUGUAAUAGUUACUGUUAGGUUUGGUCAUUUGUUGGUCAACUUCAUUAGCUAACCAAGUAAAAAGCAACUGGAUUUUCACGGUGCAAAAUGAAAAGGAGACCAUUUUUAUACAACACUAAUACUUUUUUGGUAUUUAUUGGAACACAAAGUACAGUUUUAUACAGUCCCAAUGCAAAACUGUGGUAUCAUUGCAUCUCUAACCAGACUUUAGCAUUCCUAAUUCAGCAACAAACUGGCAUUAGCAUUUCUAAUCCUGUCGAUCUAAUCCGUAGCUGAUGUAAGAGUCUUCUGUAAUUUAGUGUUGUAUUAGUCUGAUUUUGUGGUUUGUAAUGUCCUGAAAUGAAAUAAAGGUGCCUUCAUUUA